AUGGGAUACAUAGCUUUGGCAACAACCACUUCUGAUGUUGCUGCCUCCAUUUUCCCGGGUGGGCGUAUUGCGCAUUCGCACUUUAAAAUUUCCAUUGAUAUUGAUGAAAAUGCCACUUGUAACAUUACCAAACAAAGCGCACUUGCUGGUUUAAUCCGAGAUGCAAAGUUAAUUGUGUGGGAUGAAGUAUCUAUGACAAAUAAAAGAAUGCUAGAAGUUUUUGAUUUACUUUUAAAAGAUUUCAUGAAUACAAAGGUCUUAUUUGGUGGCAAAGUUGUCGUUCUAGGAGGUGAUUUUAGACAAACUCUACCCGUUGUCCGAAACGGAAACAAGAAAGAUUUUAUUAAUGAAAGUUUGCUCUAUUCUAGAAUAUGGAAUGAACUUGAAAAAUUACGACUCUUAGAGAAUAUGAGAGCCAAAACAGAUCCUGCAUUUUGUGAUUAUUUGAUUAGAAUUGAAAAUGGACAAGAACGAGUUAACUCAACAAACAAGAUUGAAUUUCCGAAUUCUUUAGUCAUUCCUUUCACAACCGAACGAGAAUCUUUAGACAAAUUAAUUAGAGAGACAUACCCAAAUUUGAAUUUGUUCUACUCUAAUUCAUUAUGUACAGAUUCCCGUGUAAUUUUGACUACAAAAAACGAUUUCGCCAAUGAAAUAAAUGACAUGCUUAUUGAUCAAUUUCAUGGAAAAGGUGAAAAGGUACCAGUUUCAUUUAAAAGAACACAAUUUCCAGUAAGAUUGUGCUUUGCUAUGACUAUAAACAAAGCACAGACUCUGGAUUUUGUUGGAAUUUAUUUGCGAGAACCUGUAUUUUCACAUGGUCAGCUUUACAUUGCCUUAUCAAGAGCAAAGUGCUCGAACUGUGUAAAAUUGUUGAUUCGGCCACCGACACCAACUACCCAUGAUGAUCAUUCUACUUGGAACAUAGUUUACGACGAGAUCAUUCGGAAAGCAAUGAUGUGA